UUUUGGAACCCUUGUUGCGAUUGGAGUUACUGUUUGUGCAGUGAUUGUAAUUACUAUUGUUCUGUGCCUCACCUGUUCGUGUUGCUGUUUGUAUAAAGCAUGUCGAAGACCACGGCCUGUUGUGACCACCACUACUUCCACUACAGUGGUUCAUGCUCCCUAUCCGCAACAACAGGGAGUGCCACCCAACUACCCAGUAGCCCCAUAUCAAGGAUAUCAGCCUGUGGCUGUCCAGCCACAACCGGGAAUGCCGGUAGCGCCGUACCCUGCACAGUAUCCUCCUCCUUACCCCAUGCAGCCAUCAGGGCCCCCAGCUUAUCAUGAAACAGUGGCAGCUGGUGCUGGAGCACCUUACCCAAUCAGCCAGCCCCCUUACAACCCUGCUUAUGUGGAUCCUCAGAAGCCCACCUAUUGA